UCUAUACAAGCAUAAAAUUGACGCAUCGAUUACGAAAACGCCAAAGCGCCAACACUCAAAACACCUCUCGAAAUUUUGCAAAGUCAUGUUGUCACGUUUUUCUUGGAAGAAUAUUCUUGAAUAUUCAAGAAUGUGUUUUUGACAUUAUUUAAACAGCUUCACAUUUCCCGGAGAGCUUCACAUUCCGAAUGACAAAGGCUUGAGCUGUGCUGCACAUUUACAUUGAUACCUGAUUUUGAAGACAUUAAUUCGUAGCCAUGCAGUUCUGUCACAACACAACAGACUUUACCAUAGUAUGGUCAGACAAGGGCAUUAACUCUUGCUUCCUCGAUACCAUUGCAUCUUCAGUCAUUUUUGUCUUCUUGUUGAUAUUUGGAUGCAUCCAGUGCUCAAUCUUCAGGAAAUACUCAAUACCAGUGGACAAAAAAAUAUUCACGGAGGGAUCAUGUGGAUUUUCUUUGCAAAUAAUAUUGACCCUUAUUCUGGCAUUGGAAGCAGUUGUGCAUGUCAUCUUACAAGACAUAAUGAUUCAGCCGGAGUAUGUGGUGGGGUAUCAGCUCCUUACAGCACUAGCCAUGUCUGUUGUCUGGAUGUCUACGAUACGUCUACUACUGUUGGAGCGGAACAGCGCCCUGCCAUCCAUUCCGACCCGCGGCCAUGGUCUUGUGCUCCUUGUGAUCUGGGGUCUAGCGUUCAUCAAAGAAAACCUGGCUUUCGUUUCCUGGUGGAGUCCUUUAUGGUGGUGGUCCCUUGAAACGAAGUCAGACAAGAUAGAGUUUGGCCUGUGGGUGGUGCGUUAUGCAUGCGUUCUGUUGGUGUUGGGCAUAGGUCUGCGUGCUCCGGGUGUGCCAAGCAGUAGGUACCACAUGUUGAUCAACGAUGCGGAACAGCGAGGAGGGGGUAGGUCAAGAGUUCACGAAGGCUCAACAUGGGCCAAUGUGCUAAAGAAACUGCGGAUGAUGUUACCCUACGUGUGGCCGAAGGGCAGUAGGUGGCGCCAGCUGGUGGUCAUCGCAUGUCUUGUGAUACUGGGUGUCGGGCGAGGCAUCAAUGUCUUGGUACCAAUCUACAGCAAGUACAUAGUGAACAGUUUAUCCGAGGGACCCGUCAGCACUACAGUCCAGGCAGAUGUACAUAGGCCAGAGUUUUGCUGGGAAUAUAUCCUCAUCUACUCUGUUCUGCUCUUCCUGAAGGGCGGGGGUUCAGGUACCUCAGGAUUCCUUAGCAACAUAAGGACAUUUCUAUGGAUACCAGUUCAACAAUUUACCACUAGGAAAAUACAGGUGAAGCUUUUUCGCCACCUGCACAGCCUUUCCCUACGAUGGCACCUUCAGAGAAAGACCGGCGAAGUACUGCGAGUGGUGGACAGGGGAACCAACAGUAUUAACAGCCUUCUCAGUUACGUUGUUUUCCAGAUCCUUCCGACCAUUAUUGACAUCGUCAUCGCAAUAGUAUACUUCAUCACCACGUUCAACUACCUCUUUGGUUUGGUGGUGUUCGUGUGUAUGGUCCUGUAUUUGACGGUGACCAUUGGCGUAACAGAGUGGAGGACGAAGUAUAGAAGGGAUAUGAACAAACUGGACAAUGAACGAAACUCAAAAUCUGUCGACUCUCUCCUUAACUUUGAAACGGUGAAAUACUACGGAGCAUCAGAAUUUGAGACAAACAGAUAUGACGAAGCUAUUGUGAAUUAUCAGAAAGCGGAGUGGAAGUCUACAGCGUCCCUAAAUAUGCUGAACACCGGUCAGAAUGUGGUCAUCACUGCGGGCGUUCUGACCGGGUCUUUGCUCUGUGCUUGGGCUGUUGUCCACAGUUUAAAAGACCUCAAACUGACCGUUGGUGACUACGUCCUGUUUGGAACAUAUAUCAACCAACUGUAUGCUCCACUUAACUGGCUGGGAACCUACUACAGAAUGAUCCAACAGUCUUUUAUAGACAUGGAAAACAUGUUUGAGCUCUUGGAAGAAGAUAAAGAGGUCGGAGACAUACCAGGUGCCAAGCCCCUGGAAAGUAGAAACGGAGAAAUUCAGCUGAAGAAUGUCAACUUUUCAUACGAACCAAGUAAACAGAUCUUGAAGAAUGUGAGUUUCCAUAUACCGUCUGGUGAAACAUAUGCUAUAGUUGGUCACUCAGGAAGUGGCAAGAGUACAAUCCUACGGCUGCUUUUCCGGUUCUACGACAUCCAGAGUGGGAAAAUACUUAUAGAUGGCAAAGACAUAGCCUUGGUACAACAAGAGUCGUUGCGACAGUGUAUAGGUGUUGUACCACAGGAUACGGUGCUGUUCAACUCUGACAUUCGAUAUAACAUCCGUUACGGCAAGUUCGCAGCCACUGACCAGGAAGUAGAAGAUGCCGCAGAUAAUGCUGACAUACACAGCCGUAUCUUAUCAUUUCCAAAUAAAUACGAAACAGUAGUCGGAGAGCGAGGGUUAAAACUGAGUGGAGGAGAAAAACAGAGAGUUGCCAUAGCGAGAACACUUCUUAAGUCACCAGCCGUUGUCUUACUGGAUGAGGCAACGUCUGCAUUAGACACAAAGACCGAGAGAAAUAUCCAGGCGUCUCUAGCGCGUGUCUGCGAGAACAGAACCACUAUCAUUGUAGCACAUCGCCUGUCUACUAUUAUCCAUGCGCACCAGAUCCUGGUGAUGAAAGAGGGCGAGAUCAUUGAAAGGGGAACACAUGAAGAGUUGAUCGCCAAGGGAGAUCACUAUGCCGGUAUGUGGCAGGAACAGUUGACGAAGCGAGAGGAGGUCUCGAUUCAGGGCGACAAUGAUGGGAACACGAGUCAAAUCACAGAAGACUCCACAAACAGCUGAUGAUAACGCAGUAAAAGAGUUACCAAUUAUAGCUAGCCAACAAUUCAAUAUUUAUAUUUACCAAUGUGUGAGGUAUUCAUCUCUCUUCCUUAUCUUGUAGGACACACAAACACUGUAUACAAAUUAUUUGUUUAUGUUUUUCUAGGGUAUUUAACUUUUUGUAUGUCAUGUUAACAAUCUUUGUCUGUAUCCUUUGUGACUUUCAUUUUUGUACAAGUUUGAAUGGUGUGCAAUAUUGAAUGGUUGACAUUGAAUUGACACAAAUAUUGCAUUAUGUACAAGAUUUUGUGAUGAACAGGGUUGAAUUAUGAUAUUAAUAGAAUUGAAUAUUAUGUUUCAAAAAAUAAAAUCUUGUCAUAUUUUUGUUUACAUAAAUAGUAUAGGGCAAGUUAUUUUGUGAAUUAAUUUGAUCUGAAGUGUUUUAAGCUCACCUGGCACGAAGUGCCAAGUGAGCUUAUGCCGUGGUGCGGCGUCCGGCGUCAAUAUUUUACUU